UUCACCCACGAGGAGGAAAAGGAAGGAAGCCCACCAACACCAUGAGAGUCAUCCCAUACACAUCAAAUCAUUCGUAUCAGCAUAAAAUGGCAGCUUUUCAUCACAUGAUCCACAGGAUGCAGACGAUUCCCCUGAGCGAAGAAGGAAAAACGAAGGAGCUACAACACAUCUUGGAAACAGCGAGGAUCAACGGAUACAAGGAAAGAACAAUACAAGCAAUCAUCAACAAGAAGCAGAGGAACCUACGGAAAAACGAACUGACAACACUGACACCGAUUGAUGAACCGCUGAAGAGGGUAUCGGUCCCCUAUGAUCGACACAUCACCCACCAGCUACGCCAUCGACUGAGGAAAUUCGGCAUCGAUUUAGUAUUCUCCAGCAGAAGCAAUCAACUGAAGACACUGUUGGGCUCCACAAAGGAUAGAGUAGAAAUGUUAAAUAAGGCCGGGGUUUAUCAAAUUAAUUGUUCACAGUGUGAUAAAGUAUAUGUAGGUCAAACAAAAAGAUCGUUAGAUGUAAGGUUCAAAGAACAUAUUGCAGAAGUAAGUAAGGCUAAGAGGGAAUCUGAUAAGGGAUUAAAUUAUGAGUUUAGGUCUAAGGUAGCUGAACAUGUAUAUCAGGAAAAUCAUUCAAUUACGACAUCAAACAUUAAAAUUUUAAGAAAUGUCUCUUCUCCGUGGAAACUUGAUGUUGCUGAGAGCUUGGAAAUCUACCGACAGGUACAAACGCGAUUGUUGAAUAAAGAUCAAGGAAAUGGUAGCUCCUGGCUCUUCAAGUUUAUACCUAAGCAUUAAGCGCAUCAAGCGAGUAGAAAUAAGCACCGUAGUAAGAUAAGUACCUAGAUAAAUUAUUAUACCUACGCAUAGUAUAAAUAGUGUAAUCUGCGAUCAUUUUCUUCAAGUCGAGUCAAGUACGAGACACUGAAGACGGCCUUACCUUUGAGGUCGAAAUACGUAUCUGUCAAGAUACAAUUAAGUG